AUGGACACACUGCCUGAGGAACAGCUCAAGCAGGGCAUGCUGGCCUCUGGUAUCGCCCAUCAAGGUUCCGAUUCACAUCUACGGAGGCAAAUUGAUCAGCGCUUCGCGGAUGAAUCACCCUUUAUCCAGCGUAAAGAAAGCAACAAACUGUUUGUAUCGUCUUGGGCUCGUCUGCUCGGCGUAGCAUUCACCUCGUUGGCAGCAGCGUAUUUUUUGCUGCUUUGUUUUCGCUUUAUAGAGUCUGCGCGUCAGUGGUCCCCGCCCACUAGAUUUCUCGCAGAUCGUCGAGGUGAAUCAUGCUAUUCAGGCAGUGUGUCUGGGGAUGGCGAUGAAGGCGGCAGUUGGCCGACGGGGGAUUCGGCAGGUUUAGUGCUGGAGGGUUUUGGGGAAGGCAGCCCUUCGCUAGAUCAUGAGGCUUCGGGAUUACAAGCCACUGCCGGAGGAACACGAGAGGUAGACGCUGAGGCUACAUCCUAUCUCGAUAUUUCGGAAGAUGCUACUGGCGUUAACCCCACGCAUAGUGAAGACGCUGAUUUGCACUUAUGGGAAGGCCGGAACAUGCCUGUGGAGCAAGAAGAGCGUUUGAGAAAUCUCUUUGGCCGCAUGAAAGACACUUUGAAUUUAUGUGGGUCGCUAUUGCCAGUGUUAACGUACAUGCAACGCAUGCAGGUGGUAUUUUAUGUGGUGAGAUUGGUCGGCCUGGAUUUGGGAGCCGCAUCACUUGUUAAGGAGAACAUGGAGCCUGAGAGGAGAGCCGUAGGAGACUCUGCCAUCCAAUUGAUAAAUCGUUUACUUCAGCAGGUGGACGACGACCCGAGGAAUAGAAAAUUUCGCCGGAAAGUUGAAAAAUUAAAAAUUUUGCUUGAGCAGAUAAAGCAGCCGCGGCAUAUCCGUGAAGAAAAGAGAGCUCAAAAAUACAAAAUGAAGAUGAUAGCCUUGAUGUCAACUGCCGAAGUGGCUCUAAAGUGUUGCGCAGGAGUUUUGCAAGGGCUGGGACAGCUAAAGGAAGAUCCGUCGAGGACGCUGCCAACGAAAGUAGUUGCGCAACAGGUGGAUGUUUUGAAAGCGAUUUUCGACGCCCACGUUGACCACCUGUCCAAAGACGGUUCCCUUCGACAACACAUUUUAGAUUGUCAAAAACACACAGGUGUGAGUGCGAUUAUCAGUAAGAAGUAUUUUACAACGAAAAGAGCAGAACUCCCUAAACUGAAAGACAUGCAAAAAAGUAUAUUUGACGCCGUUGGGAACGCUGGUGGUUUUCUCCGAGCUGGAACGCCACCUCGAAUGAAACUUGCAAAAGCUCGCGCAGCAUUGGGGGGACAGACUGAAAAACCAAGUAUCCAGGAUUCGGAGCAGCGCAAAUCGCCGAGCUACACGCCGCUGCACGAAGGCUUCGCAGAAGCCGUGACGCUUUCAUCUGACACCACAACUUCUACGCCGCAUGAAGAAGUGGAGGAAAUGCAUUCACCGCCAGCCACAGUACCACUGUGGCGACCUGGCCAGGCGCCUCGACAAGGUGCUGGACCGGGUCGGCAGCAACUGCACACACCUGGUUCCUCCUGGAGUCCUCAGGAUCAAUUGCCGCAGCUUGUCUCUCCGCCCGUGUCUCUCCCAGAGUCUCGUCCGUCAAAAUUUCGGCCACAAGCACCUACAACUGGAGUUUUAGGCACCCAUCCGUAUUUCCCCCCACCGCAGAUGCCUUUUACACGACUGCCUCGACCGUCAGGCGUGCAGCAGACUGCACGUCCACCUCAUAGUGUCUCAUCACAGCAGGCAUAUGGUGGUCGCAGCGCUGCAGCGCCUUUGGUGUCCUCUUCUCCGCGACCGCGUGUGGGUGUGGGUGAACCGUCUCAGCGGCUGCAGCCGCCAGCGCCUUUUCAAGGAGGCUACAGUCUCUUUGGAGGUGGCGGCAUACCCCCCUGGUUGCCUUUUUCACAGGCUUCAUCUGCCUCUAUAGAAAGUCGCUCGACUGCCAGCGGAGGAAGGCCGCGAGAGGGAGGAGGCGCCCAACGUCGUAUGCCGGAUGGCCAGGACGAAGCAAGAGAUAGCUUCCCGAGUGGUCGUACUUGGAGCGGCCGUCACUGA